GCACUGGGGCGGUGCUCUUUGUGCACACACUUCCUGAAAAUGGGCUUGGAAGAGAGUUUGGACACGAAAUACGCUUUGAUAUCUUUACCAAAACACUCAUACUGGUUUGACUUUUGGCUGUUUGUGAUGUUUGACAUCGCAUUUUUUUCCCUCGUUAUGUAUUUCAUAGUUCCCUAGCUAAAAUGGAGUGACUUGGAAUUCUAGACUUGAAGUGCCGCCCCCUUUAACCAUGACCCCCUGCUGGCUGAAAUGAUCGAUCUUUAAAAAGGAGUGUUUACACCACUGAGUAGCACAGUAAAUAAAGACAGCCGGAAGUUUACACCAGAGUCGUGCCAAUGUAUGGUCGGUAGGUGGCAGUAUAAGCGCCUUUUCCCAUUGAUGGACCAGAGAGGAAGAAAACUUUCCCGGAAGAUAAAAAAGAAGAGGAAGGACGCUAGCCUGCCAGAUAGUGGAUAAGCUAAACUAUUAUACUCCCAAAUGUCUUUCUGUGAUUUAUAUAAACCAAACUAGUUUAUUAAAGUUAUAUAAGUCACAACUCAAUUAUCCAUGAUGAUGGAAAUCUGUGUCACGACAAAACCAGUGGAGAAUGCAGAUAUUUUCCUCCCGUUAUCCUCUUUGCGCCUGUUGAUACCACCUCUGAGGCUGCUCUCUGCGGCCAUGUGGCAAGUAGCGCAACGAAGAGAUGUCAUGGAUUAUGAGAAACUAGAGGAGUUCGUCGGCCUGGUGACAGCGACAGUUCCAGACCUGUUGAAUGAGAAACAGAGGGCCAAGCUUCUUCUGCGGCUGCGAACAAGGGUGAUACUAGAGUUGUGCUCCACUGAUCAUACAGCUGAUAUCCAGAUCAUCCAACCCCACCUGGACAGAAUUCGCCCCCCUGGACACACAGGGAGUGGAGAUGCUGAGGUGGAUGCAGAAGAGGCCAUCUUCCUGGAGCUCAUCCAGACUUUGCUGAAAGACCCAGCGAGAGAACACUUCUUCCAGGUCAAAUUCCUUUCUAAACUGGAGAAGAUAUUGCCAGUACCAGACCUUGGACAGACUGUGUCAUGGCUCAGUUCUGCUCCCUCUGUCCUGGAGGAGUGUUUGCAGGCCCUCUCUCAACCUGAGGACCUGAAAUCCCUGCUGCAACACCACACAUGUCUUGAGAACUUGGGCACUCAGAGUCACACCGUUGAGAUGUCUUCUCAGGUCUUUGCCUGUUCCCAGUGCCCAUUCUUUCACAUGCAGGAAUCCUACCUCCUCCAGCACAUUGGCGAAAUCACCCAGAGAACUCUGAACCCGGUGCUCACAUGCCACGAGUGUGGAAAGACUUUCACUCGCUCAUCAGACGUGACCAGGCACCAGCGCAUUCACACAGGGAGCGUCCGUGCACCUGCAGGAGUGCGACAAGGGUUUCAAAAACUCCUGGGAUCUGGCGAGGCAUCAGCGGAUUCACACCGGGGAACGCCCAUAUAUCUGCCCUCAAUGUGGCAGGGUUCACCCAACUGGGCCUACUGUCCCUGCACUUCACCAGAACGCCUUGUGGCCAGAGUGCUGAUCCCCACUACAGUCCACAGAGCAACAGGAGGAGCCAAACGACAAGGGAGUGGUCAGUACAAGUGUCAGAAAUGUGGGGCUAGCUUUGACACCGUACUAGAGCGGCUGAAGCAUAGGCAAACUCACGUGGUGAAUCGCCAUUACAAGUGUUCCCAGUGCGAGAAGAUCUACGGCCGCCCGUCUGACCUGAGGAGACAUCAGAUGAAGCACACCGGAGAGAGACCCUUCCCUGCGCAGAGUGCGGCAGGGCUUCACUCACGUGUGGCUGCUGAACAAGCACCGGCAAAUCCACACCAGGAGCGGCCGUACCCGUGCCCGGAGUGCGGCAAAGUUUCACCCAGUUACAGAUACUGA